AUGUCGAGCAGAACAAUGGGACGGCAAGUACUGUUGUUUUCUGUGGUCCUGCACCUCAGUGCAGUGCUCGGCCAAGUCAGCUACUCUAUCCCCGAGGAAAUGCCGAGUGGCUCUUUAGUCGGUAAUAUAGCUCAAGAUUUAGGUUUAGAUAUAAAACGACUGAAAUCGGGUAAAGCUCGCGUCUAUACAGGAGACAGUGCGGGAUUCAUGGUGCUGAAUAAAGAACGAGGAGUCCUCCUUAUGAAAGACCGAGUAGACAGAGAAGCGAUAUGCAGACAGACUACGCCUUGUGCUUUACAUUUCCAGAUCAUUUUGGAGAAUCCGAUGGAGUUCUACAGUAUCUCAAUGGAAAUUACAGAUAUAAAUGACAAUCCUCCCACAUUUGAAAAAAAUGAAGUCAGUUUUAAAAUUAGCGAAUCUGCUGUAAUUGGCGCAAAAUUCGUAUUAGAUAGAGCAAUAGAUCUUGAUGUCGGCAAAAAUGGUCUUCAAAGCUACGAGCUCAAACCUACUGAUAAUUUUGUACUAAAACGAGACAGUCAGGGGGACGGAACAGAAAAAGUGGAAAUGGUUUUAAAGAAACACCUCGACAGAGAGAGGGAAGACAUGAUUUCUUUAGUUCUGACAGCUUUUGACGGAGGAGACCCGCAAAUGUCAGGAACAAUUCGGAUUUCCAUCACAGUAUUGGAUGCCAAUGAUAACGCUCCUGUUUUCACACAGUCAACCUACACAGCCUCCGUUUUUGAAAAUGCUCCAGAAGGGACGAUUAUCAGCGGCGUUACUGCGUCAGACGCAGAUUAUGGAACGAAUUGCAGGAUCAAGUAUUCAAUUACAAACAGUUUAGAUCAAGCACAUGCACUGUUUCAGAUAAAUGAAGACAGUGGGGAAAUUAUAUUAAUUGGAAAUAUCGAUUAUGAAAAUGCGCGAAAUUACCAUAUAAACAUACGUGCAAGUGAUGAUGGUGGACUUACAGAUUCAUGUAAAGUCAUAGUUGAAGUUGUGGAUAUAAAUGACAAUAAACCAACGAUUAACAUAAUGUCAAAAUCAAACAUGAUAUCUGAGCAUUCCAAACCGAGCACUGUUGUAGCAAUGAUGAACGUGCAAGACCCAGAUUCAAAUGAAAACGGUAAAGUUGAUUGUUUUAUCAACGAAAAUACCCCUUUGACUAUAAUGUCGGCAUCAAGUAAUUUUUACAGUUUAGUGACAGACAGUGAGUUAGACCGAGAGACAGCCUCUGAGUAUAAUAUAACGGUGACCUGCUCUGAUGAGGGAGUCCCCUCCCUCUCCAGCAGCGUCACGCUCACCUUACAGAUCUCCGAUGUAAAUGAUAACGCGCCUGUGUUUGAGAGGAGCUCAUAUGAGGCCUACAUUGUAGAAAACAACACGCCAGGUCUCUCUAUAUUCACAGUGAAAGCCAGAGACGCGGACUGGAACCAGAACGCCCGUGUUUCUUACAUCCUGGAGGACUCCUCUGUUAACGGAGUGCCAGUCUCCUCAUAUGUGUCCGUUAGUGCUGACAGUGGAGUCAUCCACGCAGUGCGCUCUUUUGACUACGAGCAGAUCAAACACUUCCACUUCCGCGUCAAAGCGCAGGACGGAGGCUCCCCUCCACUCAGUAGCAACGUGACUGUGAAAGUACUGAUCCAGGACAGGAACGACAACCCUCCUCAGGUGCUGUACCCAGUCCAGACUGGUGGCUCUCUGGUGGCUGAACUGGUGCCUCGCUCAGCAGAUGUGGGCUAUCUGGUCUCUAAAGUGGUGGCUGUGGAUGUGGACUCUGGACAGAAUGCCUGGCUCUCCUAUAAACUGCAGAAAGCCACAGACAGGGCGCUCUUUGAAGUGGGCUUACAGAAUGGAGAAAUAAGAACUAUCCGUCAAGUCACUGAUAAAGAUGCUGUGAAACAAAGACUGACUGUUGUCGUGGAGGACAGCGGGCAGCCCUCUCGUUCAGCAGUCAUUGUUAACGUGGCGGUGGCGGACAGCUUCCCUGAAGUGCUGUCUGAGUUCACUGACUUUACACAAGACAAGGAGUACAACGACAACCUGACUUUCUACUUAGUGCUGGCUUUGGCUGUAGUUUCCUUCCUCUUCAUCAUCUGUUUAGUGGUGAUUAUAUCAGUGAAGAUCUACAGGUGGAGACAGUCUCGCGUCAUGUAUCACUCCAACCUCCCCGUGAUUCCGUAUUAUCCACCACGUUACUCAGACACUUUGGGGACAGGGACUCUCCAACACGUGUACAACUACGAGGUGUGCAGGACGACUGACUCCAGAAAGAGUGACUGUAAGAUGGGAGGAGCCGGUAGUCAGAACGUGCUGAUAAUGGACCCCAGUUCUACAGGAACGAUGCAGCGGAUACAGAAUGAGAAGAACAUCCUGGAUGAACCAGACUCUCCUCUAGAGGUUAGAAAACUUUAA